AUGGUGUGUAAUGUUCUGAAACGAUCUGAAGAACGUCUGACCAUCGACAGGAAACCCAAUAAGGACGAAAAAGCAAACGCAACUGAUGGCACCACUGCUAUAUUAUCGACUGCAAUCGUCAGUAACGAUGGCCAGUUCCUGCCCGGACCUCGAUAUAGUUUAGACAACAUGCCUAAGACUAGCUUCUCCUGUCGGGAUAAGAUCCUCGGCGGUUACUACGCCGAUUCGGAGACUCAGUGUCAAAUGUUCCACGUGUGCGUCAAAGUAGCCGGAAUUGGUGUGCAAGACUUCAGAUUCCUUUGCCCCAACGGCACGGCUUUCGAUCAGGAAGCUCAGAUCUGUGCCGAUUGGGGUGACGUUGACUGUGAAGCGGCCACGCUAUACUACGGCAGUAACAACUUCGACCUGUAUCGGAUCGGGUCCGGCUUCGAAAGCAAACGAGCCCCCUACGCAGAAGAAGAGGAAGAAGCUACCUUCCAUCUCCAACGGGCUGAAACCAGUGAUGCGAGACGCAGCAAGCAGUACAUUGUGAACCAAAGCUCUAAGCCUCAAGGGCCCCCAGUGCACAGCCCGAAUCAGAUUCCAUCAGCGGCAAAACCUCAGUACCAUCAUCGUCCUUCUUCCCCUACAACGACGACAACGACGACUACCACCAGCACAACACCCAGACCAGCUACGACUUCAACUAACAGCGCCAACGAUAAUUACUACAACCAGCAAUAUCAAAAGCAACAGAAGCAGCUUCAGCAGAAACAGCAGCAGCUGAUCUACAAUCAACAGCAGCAGAUUCAGCAACAACAAUAUCGGCAGUUAACCGCAGCAGCCGCAACCGCCACUCCUGCCGAUCGUCGCCACUACGAUGAGAUCCGUUCAACUACUCCAACUAAUUUUGCAAACAAUCAAAGAUCGCAACAACAGCAACAGCAACAGCAGCAGCAACAGCGCAACGAUCCGAAUAAUGAUGAAAUCUUCCGAGGAUCGCACAGUUCCCACUUUUACAAUAACCGUAACAAUGGAAAAGAAGAUUUCGAUGACGAUUAUGUUCGAAAGUCACCGGCCAGCACCGCUGCUCCGCCGACCACGGUUCGACCACUACAAACCAGCGGAAACGGCACAAGAACCCAGUCUAGAGGUCGCAACCGAGGAAGGGGCUCCGUUCGAGCACACAAUUCAAACAUCGUCCGAAAUGAAGUCAAACCGACCCAAGCUCAGAAAACUCGUCUACAAUCGACAACUCCGGAAGAUUUUGUUGAAGUAGCAAAAAUUCCCAAUUUCCAGAAGGGAAACACUAACUUCCGAAAGCAGCCUACGACUGUUCUGCAACCUCAGAACGGUAAUCAGAUAAGCUUCAAUCAAGCGCCAGCGUCAACACCGGUGCCUUUUUCGAGAGGACAGCGCCCGGUGCCGAACACUGUUACGGAUCGCACAAGCAGCGCAUUUUUCCACCAUCAGCAAACUAACACCACACCUGCAAGACCACAGCAACAGUCGCAGCAAAGCUUCCAGCAAUACCAAUCGACCUCUUCGACGCCCCAACAACAGCGCUAUCAAACACCAUCCAAUUCGUCAAUAGCUUCUCCAGUCAGUCGUACCAGCAGUCCAGUUGACUAUCACAGUAACACACAGUCGCUACCUCAAGGAGCACAGCGAAACCCAUCUACCACUACCCAUGCUCCAAACAUCAAUUUCCAAUUCUUCAACCGCAAUCCACCAGCGAGUAGCUCUCCGUACAUCACAACAACUCCUCAACCCACCAGCUUCCAACGUGUAACGCAAGCUCCUCAGUUCUACAACACAGGAUUCGAACACAAAGCUACCGAACGCACCACAGAUAGCGAAUCUAGCACGAUACCUCAGGAAACGCAACGCCCUCGUGCGCAGCCCCGUGUCUACAGCGUCGAUCCCGGCCGUCUAAGUCAGUUUAAUUACAAUGAGUACCAGGGCAGUCGAGCCAGUAUUACAACCACUACGACUACCACCACGCUAACGCCAACAACAACAACUGCUUUCGAAAACAUCACUCCUUCAACCUACAAUCCACUCAACUAUCGAUCUCAUCAAUCGCAACAGCCAAUCCGUCAACAUCCCCAGUCAUUCAACCCUAAUCUGUUCGACCCCCGAACAACCUCUACAGCACCACCACCACCACCACCGCCACAAUCAUCAUCAUCAACCACAGUCGGUGCUGCGCAGCAGCGAGUGCCCACAAAUGAACGCUACCAGGCGAUCUCGCGAACCACCAGUGAUGGCCACACUCCUUCGACAAUCAAAAAAUUCUCCACCUUAGUUCCAAAGGAUCAGUACAACCCGACCACCUUCAAACCGAACGCAUUCAGCAAAAAAGCUCUUCUGCAGUUCGUCAUCCAAAAACCGGAAAAACCUCAAGAGAAAACCGUUCCAGCACCCGCUAAAAGCACGCUCUACAUUCCGACCGUUCCUCCCGUAUCCAUCACGACGACGACCACCACAUCCGCUCCGGUAGCAUCCCGGAGGCAGUACACCAAUUACUUUCAACAACCGCAGCAGCAAGCUCAGACAACAACAACCACCACAACAACAACGCUCCGACCAACGGAAAUCGACGAAGACGACGGCCAGUACCAUCCGGAGCUGUACGAAAAAGACUUCUACCGAAACCGCAUCCGAGCCAAGUUCAACCAGGAACGCAAGCAAAGCCAGAACUACCUGCAGCAAUCGACUCCCGUGUCGCAGUCACUAUCCGUCACCAGCGACGAAGACGAAAUCUUCCGAACGGCGCACUCGCAGAACAUCGCCGCCAGCGGUAACGAUCUAAUACUGGAACGAGCACGGCAGGCGGCUGCCAAAAUCAACGAAUUCCUGUCCUCCUCGUCGGUGAAACCGACGGUGCCUGCACCGACUAAGCGGUCCUCUCAGGCGACGUCACCCAACAACAGCAGCAAAAGCAGUCAACACCCGAAUCCGAAACCCUUCUCGAAGGCUCCAACGAUCUCGCCGCACGCAACCAGCACCAAGAGACCGUCGGACGAUAAGGACGAGUACGACUACGCCUACUACGACACCGGCAGUCCAGACGUUCCGGAGUACGACGUCAUCGAAGAGUUCGGACGGACCGGCAAAAGCAAGAAUAAGAACAAGAACUAG